CCAACCCUUUUGCCUCCUGACCAACCCCGACGGGGACAGGGGUCUCCCCGUCCGAUGGAAUGCGAGAAACAUAUAAGUGAGAAAGAUGUUCCUCAUCCCGAGUUCGCUCCCUCCUCUCCAGACUUGACCAACCUCUGCUCUCUUCUGUUUCUGACCCUGAGCCCUAUCCUUCAACCUGAUAAGAGGUAAUGUUACAGCAGGGCUCGCCGGAAACGGAACCAAAAAUGGCUUCGUCCACGCCUGCGAGCCAAGACUCGGGCACGGCUGCGGCAGCACCGGGGAAUGAGGACACGUUCGAGCCCCUGGGUAGACAAGAAACCAAGGCCUCUUACUCGUACGUCGGCCUCAAAGGCUGGCGUCGCUGGAGAGCCCUGCGCCCUGGCCGCGGUAUCUAUCACGACAUCAAGAGGAGACUUCCAUACUACUGGAGCGACCUUUCCGACGCCUGGACAUACCGGACCAUUGCCAGCACCAUCCGCAUGUAUUUUGUCAACCUGUUGCCGGCCAUCGCCUACACCCUUGACAUGUACAGACGCACCGGCGAGUUCUUUGGGGUGAACGAAGCGCUCUUCUCAUCGGCCCUAGCGGCCAUCGUUUUCAGCGUGCUCAGCUCUCAGCCCCUGACUAUCGUCGGCGUUACCGGCCUCAUCUCACUAUUCAACUUUACCAUCUAUGACAUCAUCAGCAUCUACGAUGUUUCCAUCUAUCCCCAGUUCAUGGCCUGGACCGGCAUAUGGGCAGCCAUCUUCCACUGGCUCGUGGCCAUCCUCAACGGCUGCGACUACAUGCGCUACGUGACCGACUUCUCGAGCGAAGCCUUCGGCAUGUAUGUUGGGAUUAUCUACAUUAUCAAGGGGGUUGAAGAGCUGGUGAACGAAUUCGAUGAGUAUGGGCCCACGGCCGGGUACUUGGCUUGCAUGAUCGCCAUCCUGUACUUUUCGUCCGUCUACGCCCUUGAGAAACUGGGGAGCGGCAAGAUCUGGAGAGCGGGAUUUCGAGGGAUCCUCGCCGACUACGCCUAUGUUUUUUGCACUGUCUUUUGGGUUGGCUUCUCGCAUAUCCCCGGAAGAAUCGAGUUCACAAAUGUCGGCCGAGUGCCGGUUACGGAUGCCUUCGCUCCAACCCAGCCACGAAACUGGCUGAUCGAUUUCUGGAAUCUUGACGUUGGCUGGAUCUUUGUUGCCAUGCCCUUUGGUUUCUUGGUUAUGCUGCUCUUCUACUAUGACCACAACGUCAGCAGCAUCACCGCUCAAGCGCGGCAGUUCCCCCUCAAGAAACCCGGCGGCUUCCACUGGGACUUCUUCCUUCUCGGGUGCACCACCUUUGUCGCCGGGAUUCUUGGACUUCCCAUGCCGAACGGCCUUGUCCCACAAGCACCGGUACACACCGACUCGCUUACCGUCUAUAAGACUUCACUCCGCAUCAUCCCCACUGCCGAAGGGGAGGGCACUGAAAUCCGUCGUCCAGUGGUCAGUGCAGAAGCCGUGGUUGAGCAACGUGUCACGCAUUUCUUGAUGGGGCUCGCUCUCAUCGGCACCAUGACUGGGCCGCUUCUGGUGGUUCUGCAUACCAUGCCCGCCGCUGUCUUUGCCGGCGUCUUCUUCAUUGUUGGCUGGGGCUCCAUCGAAUCGAACGGUAUUCUUCAGAAAUUCAUCUACCUCCAAGCCGAGGAACGCUUCAUCCAGCGGGACGAGCCGCUGCUGCAAGUCCGGAAGCGCAAGAUCUGGCUCUACAUCGCCAUCCAGUUCUCUACCGUCGCUGCGUGUGUUGCCAUUUCACAUACCCUCGCCGCCAUCGGGUUUCCCGUGCUCAUCAUGUUGCUUAUACCGCUGAGGAUCUUGGUCAUACCCAAAUGGUUUCACCUGGACGAGCUCCAGGCGCUGGACGAAUUCACCGCGACCAACAAGAUCGUCCUUGCCAGCCUGGGUGGGAUGCCCGCACUGCCCGAACACGCCACUAUGGAGGGGUCGGGCCUGGAGCGGAAACGGAGCGAGCGCCGGUUUGGCAUCCCGAGGCAACGGGCGGGAAGCAUUCAUCGGUAAAAGCAUCCCCGACUUCUCGGGACCCAGUGAUAACGUUGGUUUUGAGGAGGAUAAUAUACCUAGAUUAAGACGCGCCAGUGCUCGAGCAUGCGUUAUUAUAACGUGGCUAGUCUCGAACGUAACCCUCGGAAGGGAAGCGAUCGAUCUUCACGUUCUCAUGCAGAUAGCUAUAGACGUAUGAUUCUUCAAUGGAACGAGGCUGGCCAGUCUCCUCUGCCUCAUCACACACACAA